AUGGGAUACACCCACUACUACACCGUCGACAACACGUCCAGCCGCGAAUGGCAAACCGCCUGGCCGCAGCUCGUCGAGGACGCGCAAAAAAACAUCGACAGCGCCAGUAUCCCUAUUGGCGGUCCUGACUUCGACGCCGGCCCACCCAUCAUCGACGUAAAGCAGGGAAUACACCUCAACGGGGUCGGAGACGACGGACACGAGCCUCUCUGUUUGGACCGACACGGCAACGCCGGAUUUUCGUUCAUCAAGACGGCUCGGAAGCCAUAUGACGAGGUGGUUGCGUGUAUCUUGCUCCGGGCGGCUGUGCUGGCUCCGACCUGUGUUUGCUUGAGGUGA